UCCUGCUCAGAGCUUUGCUGCACAGACUGCACUUGAAGAUCGACAGUGAAUGAACCAGGGCUAUCUUCUCAGAGGUGGAGAGGCAUUCAUUGCUGCAACAUUUUGAUAAUUUUCUGCAUAGACAACCAAUAAGUUUGAAGAGUGUGUUGGAGUCGAGUUCAGCCUGCUGUUAUUCUGAGGUGUUGGCUCAUCUGAACUGGUCUAUUUCUACACAACUGGUUGCGACUUCCUGCUCCUUAACACACUACGACCAUGGAUAAAUCCACACAAGAGCUCUUCUUGAACUUUAUGGUUGUUUUGAUGACUGUGCUACUUAUGUGGCUUCUCGUUAAAUCCUAUCAGGAGUGACCGACUGUUGCCUAUGUAAAAGUAGCUCCUACAAUAAAUUGUGCCAGUUUGUCAUGA